GUAAACAAAAAUCUGCCGGUGCAGACAAAUUUUCUAUUUUUAAUAAAAAUUAAUUAAUAAAUAGUAGUAAUCAAAUAUGCCCAACUGGAAUCAAAUACAGUCGCAGCUGCGGAGUUCCAACAAUCCCGUCGUUUUUUUCGACAUAGCCGUAGGCACAACGGAGAUUGGACGAAUGAUAUUUGAGCUAUUUGCCGACACAGUGCCACGCACGGCGGAGAACUUCCGGCAGUUCUGCACGGGCGAGUACCGACCAGAUGGAGUGCCCAUUGGCUACAAGGGCGCCAGCUUCCACCGGGUGAUCAAGGACUUCAUGAUCCAGGGCGGUGACUUUGUCCAGGGCGAUGGCACUGGCGUGACCAGCAUCUACGGCAACACCUUCGGCGACGAGAACUUCACCCUGAAGCACGACUCGCCGGGACUGCUGUCCAUGGCGAACAGUGGCAAGGAGACGAACGGCUGCCAGUUCUUCAUCACCUGCGCCAAAUGCAACUUCCUGGACGGCAAGCACGUGGUCUUUGGUCGCGUCCUGGACGGCCUGCUCAUCAUGCGGAAGAUCGAGAACGUGCCCACGGGCCCCAACAACAAGCCCAAACUGCCAGUGACCAUUUCGCAGUGCGGGCAAAUGUAGCCCGGAGUUGUGAAUGUUGUAAUAAAGUCUCUAUUAUGUCUUUGUAAACGAA